AUGAAUUCAAAUACACGAUUUGAACAAUGCACAACCAAAGCCCUUCGUGAGCACAAAAACUGUCUAGGACGAGAGCAAUAUGCAAGGCGUAUGACACGUGCUGAUGAGAAAUCUGUCGCUGAAGGUUCAGAAAGUCUUCAUGAACGUAGAAACCGCCUGGCAAGAGAAGCGCGUGUUCGUCGUCUUGCAAAAGAAAACAUUGAUGAAUCUGAACAACGUCGAAAUAUUCAAAGACAAGCACUUGCAAAGAGAACCACUGAGCAAGUUGAGUUACAUAGAAAAAAACAAAAAGAAUCUAAAAAUCGUAUCUCUAAUGCAGCACGUAUUGAGAAUUAUAAUACAAAGACUGUAUCUUUACAUAAUAUUGGAAGUAUAAGUAUUGAAUGUCCAGAAUGCAAAGCAUUACAUUGGAUAGAUGAGAAAGUGGCAGGAUCUCAACAUGCACACAUUUUCAGCACCUGUUGUGCAAAAGGCAAGGUGAAACUACCUGUCAUUGCUUCACCACCAGAAUUAUUAGAAAUGCUUCUCACAGAAGAAAGUCCGCAAGCACAUGAUUUUCGAAAAAAGAUUCGUAUAUAUAAUUCUAUACUUGCAUUUACCUCCAUGGGUGCCAAAAUCGAUGAACAUGUUAUCGGAACACAGGAUUCACUAUCAUUCAAUCAGAUUUAUAUGUAUGAUACAAAUGAUCAGUUACAACAAAGACAAUUAUUAAUGCCAAACCUAAAUCCAACAACAUUUACGCAACUUCAAACAAUGCUACAUGAAGUUAAUCCUUAUACACACAUCUUUCGAAGAGCAGCUCAUGUUUUACAAGAAAAUCCUAUACAAGAUUUAAAGAUUGUUAUUGUCAAAACUAGACAUGAACGUCAAUAUACAAUACCUACCGCAUCAGAAGUUGCUGUUCUUAUGGUUGAAGAUAGUCAAGAAGUUAAGCCAUCUAAUCGUGAUAUUAUACUAUACAAGAAAGGCGGUGGUCUCCAGCGUAUCUCAGAAAUCCAUCAUAGCUAUAGUUCAUUAUAUUAUGUUUUGCUAUUUCCAUAUGGUGAUUCCGGAUGGCAUCCAGGUAUUCACAUAAAUAAUCCUCAAGCAGAAUCUACUAGCAAUGAUAGUUCAGAUUAUAAUAGUAAAGAAGAUAUUUCAACAAAUGAUAACACAACUAGAGAUUAUAUAUCAAUGAUGCAAUAUUAUGCAUAUCGUUUGCAUUUGCGAAUAUACAAAUCAACUUAA